CCGGUGUAGGUAGGUAGGUCAUAUUCACAAGCUCAACUUGGUAAUCCAUUGCUCAGUACCUGCAUAUCUAAUAAGAUGAGAAUUGAUAGCUAAGCGUCAAUCGAAAAGAAGGGCAGACUGAACCCUCAACCCAAUCAGAGCCCUUCGAGAUGCCUCCGAGAUGCCCCUCAGCUUCGGCCGUCUUUCUUCCAUUCCUUUACCCGGCUUUAUUCCGCUCUCUGCCCCGCGUGCCUAGAGCUGGUCUGUCAACCUCGACACCAGCAUCCACCUCUGCCACCGAGGAUAGCAGCGACGGCCCCGAGAGCCUAACGACGAAUAACACGAUCCCUAUUUCACGUCUGAACCCUUCUCCAGAUGACUAUGCCAUCUCGAGCUUCGCCGAUAAGGCCAAGAUCACCAUUCUAGCUGGUGGGGGUGGUCAUGGCUGCAUUUCGUUUCUCCGCGAGGCAUUCUUAGCCAAUGGGCCUGCCAAUGGCGGCGAUGGCGGACAUGGUGGCAAUAUAUACAUACAAGCUGUCCAGGGCGAGAACUCGCUGCACAAGCUGGCUCGUCGCCGCAUCAUCCGUGCUGGCCGUGGCAAGACAGGGCAAGGCAGCAAUCGCGGUGGCGCCCGAGGCGAGGACGUCAUUAUCCAGGUCCCCAUCGGCACCGUCGUCCGGGAGAUCGAUAGGAUAGACCCGAUGGUUGAAGAGAACAUCCUAUAUCAUCAGGCGAGGGAGAAGGAACGCGAGUAUGAGAAGCUGGUUAGGGAAGCCGAAGCCGCAGCUCGGGUUAGUGAGGAAACUGGUCUUGGCGAAAGCGAGGCCCUGCGACUGAACAUCGACCUACCUGAACCACCCGAACAUCCGAACGCGCAUAAAUUCGUUCUGUACCCAGGUAUGUCAUCUGGCGAGCGUCGUAACUUAUCACUUCCCCGGCUACCGAUGCGAGAACGUCUAUUCGCUCAGCCUGAUUCCCCUAUUCACCUUGACCUUUCUAUUGCGUCUCCUCGUCCAAUUCUAUUAGCAGCAGGGGGCCUCGGUGGUUUGGGGAACCCGCACUUCGUCUCCAAAGAUCGGCCUCGUCCUCUAUUUGCAACUAAGGGCGAAAGGGCCAUACGCAUGCAACUAGACCUAGAGCUCAAAUUACUCGCAGAUCUGGGUUUUGUCGGUCUUCCAAAUGCUGGCAAGAGUACCCUGCUACGUGCCCUGACACGUAGUCGUGCACGCGUUGGCAAUUGGGCCUUCACGACGCUUCAACCUAAUAUUGGCACUGUGGUGCUUGAUAAUCACAAGGGACGCCCCAUUGUGAAGCCCAAACCAGCCGUGGGCUCUUCUCCUUCGCACUCUGUUAUUCACGAUGCUACCUUCGGGUCCGUUGUUGUGUCACAGCAACCCGGCCAGAUACAGAUAGGGGAGGCUCCGGAACCCCGUAAACGUUUCACCAUUGCGGAUAUUCCUGGGCUUAUUGAGGGCGCACAUCUGGACCGCGGUCUCGGUAUUGAAUUUCUGCGUCAUGUCGAGCGGGCAGGCGUUCUUGCCUUCGUCAUUGAUCUCAACGCAGGCAACGCAGUCAAGGCACUCAAGUCCCUAUGGACAGAAGUCGGUCUGUAUGCGCGCAUGCGUGAGGACGAAGAAAGGGAGCGAGAAACAAGUGAACGGAUUGAUUGGCAAGGCGAUGGAGCCAAUUUGGCGAGAGGUCGCAUGGUAGUGGCAGACUUGCCGGAGCCGGUCACUCAACCAACAGGCUUACACAUUGCUUCCAAACCAUGGUUUGUCAUUGCCACCAAGAGUGACUUGCCCGAAACUGAAGAGAACUUCAAUAAAUUGAAGACAUACCUGGACGCUGUUACAGAUGGUAAAGAACCUCACCCAAGCAAUGUUGAGCAUGCUUGGACAGAGGAUUGUGUUGCGAUCCCAGUGAGUGCCAUACACGGACAAGGCGUUGACAGGAUAAUACAUUGGACAUUGGGACUCUUAGACAAUUAGUAUCGGUCACGGUGUGUAAAUUAUAUAUAGAUAUGAUAAUAUAAGGCACUUCCAAAUCCUUCA